CCGAUUCCCCUAAAGAUAAAAUCAAGUCUGUAAAUGUUGCAUCAGAGGAGAUUUUGAUCAGUGCUGGUGGAUAUUACCAGCAAUGAGCAGGGAGACACAAGAAAGAGAGGACGAGAUUGAAACCAGAGACACUCAGGUUGAUGGAAAACUACACCUACAACAGCCCCACAUUACAGCUGGAGGGGUUAUAUGUCUCAAAGGAUUCUACGUACCCUGUGCUUCUCUUUCUCUUUUUCUCCUACCUGUUUAUAAUUGUUGCAAAUGCCGGCAUUGCUUUUAUUGUUUUCGUCGACAAAACCCUUCACCAGCCCAUGUAUCUCCUUUUCUGGAACCUGUCAAUCAAUGACAUCCUUGGAAACUCUGUCAUAGUGCCCCGUUUACUUUUAAACAUGUUGCGGCUUCCCUCUGAACGCAUCAUCAGUUAUUAUGAGUGUGUGGUCCAAGCUUUCAUCACACAUAUGUUCAGUACCACUUCUCACACCGUGCUCAUGAUUAUGGCCUUUGACAGAUAUGUGGCCAUCUGCAGUCCCUUACGCUAUGCUACCAUAAUGACCAACAAAAUGUUGAUCAAGCUGACAGUUUCUGCCUGGGGAGUGGCCUUUGUUUUGGUUGGGAUUCUGCUCGGUCUGACCAUACGGCUGAACCGAUGCAGGACUCUGAUCAAGAGCCUUUAUUGUAGUAAUGCUGCAUUGUUUAAACUCUCCUGUGAAAGUGUAUUCAUUAAUAAUGUCUAUGGCCUCACUUUCACUGUAGUCCUGUUUACAUGCUCUAUAGGCAGCAUGGUUCUCACCUAUACUAAGAUUACAGUAGUCUGUCUAACUAGUAAGAACAAGUCUUUGAACAGUAAAGCUCUGAAAACCUGUAGCACUCAUCUGGUUGUGUAUCUGAUUUUGCUGCUCAGUGGAAUGUCUAUCAUUACUCUGCAUCGCUUUCCCCAGUUGUCAGACACCAGAAAAUUUGUUGCCAUUUUGUAUCAUAUCAUCCCCAGCAGCCUCAACCCCAUUAUUUAUGGCAUGCAGUCCAAAGAGAUACGAAGAUUUUUGGCAAAGUUGUUUGAUUCCAAGAAGGUUUUGCCAUAA